AUGACUUCAAGAGUUGCCCUGUUGAAUGUGGCGUUACUGUUUGCGCAUGCCGGGCUGGCAUCCAGUCGCCUCACCAAGAUGGAGGAGAUUCCUUUCCACAAGAACUUUCUGCUGUCAGAAAAAGUCUCAGAGAGCCAACUCGAUAAGAUGGGGAUCGGAGGACUUAUCGGACUUGGAGCUUCACUGGGAGUUCUCCAUGUCCUGACUGGCCCUGAUCACAUGAGCGCAAUCGUGACUUUGUCCGUUGGAGGACGUUUUAGAGCGGUUUGGAUGGGAGCACAAUGGGGGUUAGGACACUCAGCUGGACUCCUCAUCAUGUACGCUGUCUUUCGAGCCGUCGGGGGAUCCAUCGACCUUGACAAGACCGGGCACUUUGUAGAUACUGCAAACAAGAUGCGAAAGAACAUGCGGCAGCGGAGCGACGGACAGAGUUUUUUCAGCUCCUCUGAUGAGCUGCUAGAGAAGGAAGUACGGAGAGACGAAGAGGAUGAGGGGUUGGCGUCUUGGCAGAGCGAGAGCCGAGAGGACUCGUGUAAAGUGGAAGUCCGCGAGGAUGAACGGCAAGGCAAUCAUCAUUCUAGAGAUCCUGCGAAAUCGCCACGUGACGUGGAGAUGAGUUCAGAGGUUGUAACUGGAUCGUCUGUUGAGAUGAAGCCAGAGAUUGUAAUGGACCACCUUGUACUCAUCUUCGACAGAGAAUUUGUAAUGCUUGCUGCAACACAGACCAGGGAGCAGGCAAAGCACGACGUUGAAAGGAUUGACAAUGAAGACACUAAGAGAUGCCCUGGCGGCAUCCUUGGAGUUCUGCCAGCCAUCGCUCUCAAGGACAGUCUGCGCUCUGGCUGCUACCUCGGAUCUUUCUGCGUGUGCAGCAUCUUAAGUCUGGUUGCUUGCCCUGCCUCCAUCUCCUCACCCUCCAGCAGUCAUGGGAGUGUUUGCGGCUUUCUGGGGAGAAAUCACAGCCCGAGCGAGCUCCACUGA